CGGAGUGUCGCCGCCCCAGUCUCCCGCUGCAGCCUGAUUCCGGCCCCGCAGCUAGCGCCUGCGGCUCCCGGGUGGCAGGAACAGGGGGCGCCAGGCUUGCCCCUCCCCAGCCCUCAGAGGAAGGGGGGGUCGCUCCCUGCCAGUGGGAGGGGUCGCAGCCCGCACUCCCCCUCCUCACCCGCCAGCCCCGGGUUAAAGGCGACCGCCGCCUCUGCGCGCUCCAGCUGCCUGGCAGUCCCCACCUAGGGCACGCUGCCCACGCCAUUACCUGGUCCAACUGCCUGGGAGGCUCCGCCCGUCGGCUCCGCUCUGCAGCCGCGCCUCUGAGCUGUCCGGCAGGCUCAGGCUCUGACACCUCCUAUUCUCUGUCCCCAGAGAACCAUGAGGGGCCUUCUUUGCUGGCCACUGCUAGCGUGGCUGCUGCUUCUUCAGCCCUGGGAAACCCAGCUCCAGGUGGCAGGUCCCAGGUGCCACACUGGGCCCCUGGAUUUGGUGUUCGUGAUUGACAGCUCCCGCAGCGUACGCCCCUUCGAGUUCGAGACAGUGAGGCAGUUCUUGGUGGGCCUCCUCCAUGGCCUGAACGUGGGGCCCAACGCCACGCGCGUCGGCGUGAUCCAGUAUUCGAGUCAAGUGCAAAGCGUCUUCCCGCUCGGCGCCUUUUCGCGCCCCGAGGACAUGGAGCGCGCCAUUCGCGCCCUGGUGCCGCUGGCUCAGGGCACCAUGACCGGGCUGGCAAUCCAGUACGCCAUGAACGUGGCCUUCAGCGUGGCCGAGGGCGCGCGCCCGCCAGAGGAGCGCGUGCCUCGCGUCGCUGUCAUCGUGACAGACGGGCGGCCCCAGGACCGCGUGGCAGAGGUGGCGGCGCAGGCCCGCGCCCGCGGCAUUGAAAUUUACGCCGUGGGAGUGCAGCGCGCAGAUGUGGGCUCCCUGCGUGCCAUGGCGUCGCACCCGCUAGACGAGCACGUCUUCCUCGUUGAGUCCUUCGACCUCAUCCAGGAGUUUGGCCUGCAGUUCCAAGGCCGGCUGUGUGGGAAGGACCUGUGUGCUGAGGGGGAACAUGGCUGCCAGCACCAAUGUGUCAACUCCCCAGGCACGUUCCGCUGCGCCUGCAACCCUGGCUACAAGCUGGCACCAGAUGACAAGAGCUGUUUGGCUAUUGACCUGUGCGCUGAAGGGACCCAUGGAUGUGAGCACCACUGUGUCAAUUCCCCGGGCUCCUAUUUCUGUCGCUGCCAAGCUGGCUUUGUACUCCAGCAGGACCAGAGGAGCUGCAGGGCCAUUGACCACUGCAGCUUCAGGAACCAUAGCUGUCAGCACGAAUGUGUUAGCACCCUUGCUGGGCCACGGUGCCACUGCAGAGAGGGCCACGACUUGCUGCCUGAUGGAAGGAGCUGUCGGGUCCGGGACCUUUGCAAUGGCGUGGACCAUGGCUGCGAGUUCCAGUGUGUAAGUGAGGGCUUCUCCUACCGCUGCCUGUGCCCUGAGGGGAGGCAGCUUCAGCCAGACGGCAAGAGCUGCAACCGAUGCCGAGAAGGCCACGUGGACCUAGUUCUGCUCGUGGAUGGCUCCAAGAGCGUGCGCCCGCAGAACUUUGAGCUGGUGAAGCGCUUCGUGAACCAGAUCGUAGACUUCCUGGAUGUGUCCCCUGAUGGCACUCGGGUGGGGCUGGUGCAGUUCUCCAGCCGCGUGCGCACCGAGUUCCCGCUGGGCCGCUACGGCACCGCAGCCGAGGUGAAGCAGGCGGUCCUCGCCGUGGAGUACAUGGAGCGCGGUACCAUGACAGGGCUGGCGCUGCGGCACAUGGUGGAGCACAGCUUCUCCGAGGCGCAGGGCGCACGGCCUCGUGCCCUCAACGUGCCUCGCGUUGGCCUGGUCUUCACCGACGGCCGCUCCCAAGAUGACAUCUCGGUGUGGGCAGCGCGCGCCAAGGAGGAAGGCAUCGUCAUGUACGCCGUGGGCGUGGGCAAGGCCGUGGAGGAAGAGCUGCGUGAGAUCGCCUCGGAGCCAGCCGAGCUGCACGUGUCCUACUCCCCGGACUUCAGCACCAUGACGCACCUGCUGGAGAACCUCAGAGGCAGCAUCUGCCCAGAGGAGGGCAUCAGCGCGGGGACAGAGCUCCGGAGCCCGUGCGAAUGCGAAAGCCUCGUGGAGUUCCAGGGCCGCACGCUGGGGGCGCUCGAGGGCCUGACGCAGAACCUGGCCCAGCUGACGGCGCGCCUGGAGGAUCUGGAGAACCAGCUGGCCAACCAGCAGUGAGGGCCACUGAGGACCCGGACCCGGGCUGGGGCUCGGCCCCACGGACUGUGCCCCUGGCGAGCCGUCGGGGCGCCGGGGUCUCCGAGCUUGGGCUGUCGGGGUGGGGGCGCUGGCGGGCUCCCAGCGCUGCGCUCGAGCUGGCCUCGCCUGGACCAGAAGCCGGACUGCGCCGGGCAGGGGCAUGGCGAGGGUGGGGCCGGGGGACGCGUGCGACACUCGCAAGCCCUCGCCGCGUGCUGCGCUCAGCUCUUUGUUGGAUUUCUUUUUUGUUUUCUUUUUCUUAAAAAAAAAAAAAAUCUGAUUUCCACGG